UUGACGAAAAGACUCUGGCUGCCUUCGCAUCGAAUAGUUACUGAGGUUCAUUGCUUCUACAAUUUUGUUGCAUUCUCAUUUGGCAGGGGUGAAAGAUUUAAGGAAGCAGAACAUUUUAUUUGCGAAAAGUUUCCUAAGAAGACUGCAUAAAUCCAGGGUAUCCUUUGCACAACACAGUCUUACCAAUUUCACAUGCUUACUGCUCAAGGCUAUCUUUUUCACGAGACAGUGUUCUAGCCUUGUUAUGCUUACUGCUCAAGAUUAAGCAAAACAAAAUAGUGUUUUACCUAUUUUGCACAUCUGGAACUUGUAUCAAGGUCAACAAAAAGCCAUUAUCAAAAGCAACAAUUAUCUAAACUCCAAUUCUGCAACUUUUGCAAACGAUAGCUUUUGCACAAGUCAAAAUGGAAGACACAACAUCUGACCACAACUUGUCAUCAAAAAAACGCAAACAAAAUGAAAAUACCUCACAAAUAGCCUGUGACCAAAGCAACCCCCCUGACAAUGCGACCAACUCAAACAACAACCAAGAACAUAAAAGGUCAAAGUUGGAAAGCCCUCCUGCAUCAAGUAUAAUUGAAAUAUGUACAACGCAAUCUGCCAUUGCUUUUGAAGAGUGUAUAAAAGCACCAUGCCAUUUUCAAGAAGAUUUUGCUUCACUUCACACUACUCCUCAAGGUUCCCAAAUGAAAAAUUAAAAACAAUCAAAAGCUCCAAAGCAACACUUAUUUUGUUUUGUAAAUAACUAGUUAAUUAUCUUUCGCUACAAACAUUCAAUAAUAUGCUUAGUUUUUGUAAAUAUAAAUCUUAUGCACUCUCUACUUGUAUAAUAGUUUUGAAGACAAGUUCUUACAAUACCACAACACGUUAUCUUUUUCGCACUCAAUAUCAGCUAUUAACUAUU